AAACAGUAGGUUCCUCAAAGGUCUAUUAGUCCCCAUAAGGUCAGUGGUUCUGCUUAUAAUAGUUCUGACAAAUCACAAAGACAAGGACACACACACACAUUUAUGUGUAAAAAAGUAAAUUAACCAUAACUGUUCAUCUAAUUACUAUAAAACCCUGCAUGUUAAUGAAGCUGAAGUUAACAGCCGUUAGAGUGGAUCAAUGGUCUGAGCUGUGGGGCUGAAACCACCCAGAGGAGGAGAUGUGACUGAUCUGCCACAGCUGGACUCCACACAGUUUUAACAUCUACUGGCUUUUAGCUAGAAGUGCAACACAGGAGAACCAUGAGGCAACACUGUGCUAUCAAACAUGGAAUAUUCAAGGAAAUCUUGGCAGAAUUCCUUGGGACAUUUGUCUUGGUUUUGUUUGGCUGUGGCUCAGUUGCUCAGACCAUCCUCAGUCGAAACACCCUGGGUGAGCCUUUGACCAUCCACAUUGGCUUCUCUGUAGGCCUCGCAAUGGCAGUAUAUGUGGCUGGAGGAGUGUCAGGAGGCCACGUCAACCCUGCUGUGUCUCUGGCUAUGGUGAUUCUGGGCAAACUGAAGAUCUGGAAGUUUCCUUUCUACGUCAUUGCUCAGUUUCUUGGUGCAUUUGCAGGAGCUGCUGCUGUCUUUGGGUUAUACUAUGAUGCUUUUAUGGACUUUACCAAUGGGAUUCUGUCAGUGACUGGAAUCAAUGCAACAGCUCACAUUUUUGCCUCAUACCCUGCAAGACACCUGUCAGUCCUAGGCGGCUUCAUCGAUCAGGUGGUGGGGACUGGUAUGUUAGUUCUGUGUAUUCUUGCGAUUAUCGACGGUGGAAACAUUGGUGCUCCUAAAGGUGUGGAACCUCUAGCAAUCGGCUUGAUCCUCAUGGCCAUCAGUGUUUCCAUGGGACUCAACUGCGGCUACCCUCUGAACCCAGCCAGAGACCUGGGACCCCGACUGUUCACGGCAGUGGCAGGUUGGGGGAUGGAGGUGUUCAGCACUGCAGAUUACUGGUGGUGGAUUCCAGUGGCAGGGCCCAUGGUGGGCGGGGUGGUCGGUGCUGUUCUCUAUUUCCUGCUCGUCGAGAUGCACCAUGCCCACAAUGAGACCGAGAAGCCGCACGAGGAGGAGGAGGAAGAGGAGGAAGAGGAGGAGGAUGAGGACGACAACAGCCUGAAGGACAAAUAUGAGAUGAUCACCAUGGGUUAGAGGGUCACGGAUCUCGACAGGGUUUCAUGGGAACAGGUUUGCAGACAUGCUCUUUGUGUCUGUGCUCUCAAGAUAAGCUUUAGUUGUGUGGGUGACCAAGUUACAGCCAUUUUGCACCAACACAGCCCAUUAAAGCAUGCAGACUCCACAAGAAGUCAAAUCAGACGCAAAAUGUUAUUUAAUCAAAUGAUUUUAUUUGUUUUGACCCUGCAAAACGCAAACUAAGCUUAAAUUAAACCCUUUAUUUAUAUUGUUUCAUAAACAUAUUUAUUAUCCUUCACAUUUUUACCAGAUCUGUAAAUAAUCUGCUGUAAUUGUAGAGGAGACGGUUCUGUAAUAGUAUAGCGUGCAUGCAGGUAUGCUCCCUCUUUUGUAGUUUUUAAAAUGUCACUGUUCUUUACAUUGUUUGGGUUUUUCUGUGACUUUUUGCACAUCUUACGGAGUCCUUCCUGAUGUAUUUUACUAAUCACUGUUUUGUCUACAUUAAAGUUUCUACAAAUUUCAGUU